CCCUUCCUCCUCUGGUGCAUUCCCAGUGCGGGGCUCGCGGGGAUCGGGGGGAGGGGUGUCUUAGGGGCCAAGUUCAAAGCGUGAGCCCGGACGCGUCCUCCGCGGCCCCGGACCCUGUGCGGAAGAGGAGCGGCCGGGAGUGUGAAGGGGCUUGUGCGAGUGUGUGCCCUUGUGAGCGCCCUCGCAGACGGUGCCCGCUGGCCGCCCUGCGUUCAGAGCCCCCGGGACCUCGGGGAUGGGGGCCGGGGUGAGGAGUUAAAGGAAGACACGGUUUCAUCGCGCCUGGCCCCGGGCAGAAGAGCGAGCACACCUCUCCCUGGCCUCCGCUAGCUAAAGCAGCUCGGGUCUUUGAGAGUGGGUGCUUCCGUGGCUCCGGUCCGGGGGCGUCUGCGCGUCCCUCGGCCGAGAGCAGGAAGGGAAAUGGUGGCCGGCCCUGCAGCUUCCCCUGACCUCGGCUUGGAGGUCCGAGCCAGGGGGCUGGCGCCGAUGGCACGGCUCGCACUGCCCACGCAGGGCCCCUCUUCCAUACGGAGCAAGCCAGUUGUGACCGUCUAGUUAGUCGGAGCAUUAAGGCCGAGCUCAAGCUCCUUUCCCUCGGCGGGGGCGCCCAAAACCUCGCUGACCCGAGGGCCAGCGGGUCGGCCCCGUGGUCUCUGCAGAGUGAAACUUUCCAGGGGCCAUUCUCCUUGUCCGGUGACACCCAGGCUUCUAGAGGCGUCUCCGUCCGCCGACGUUCCCGAGCGAGUGCUGCUCACUUUUCUUUCCUGACUCACUUUUCGGAUCAGGAAGGCGGGCAGAAUGAGUUUUCUGGGGAUGCCAGUGUCCGGCACCAGCCCGAGGCCAGCCAGGGCUGACCGCCUCUAACCAUUCCCAGCACCGGGUCCGGGACAUUUUUGAAAGUGCGCCAUCCUCUUCCAGCAUUGUUGUGGGGAGGGUGUUCUGGAAGGGGAGAGUGAUUUAGGGUUUAUUUGGGGAACACAAAUUCACUAAUAACUUCUAGAGAAACAAGAACUUUAUCAAACUGUUAUCACUAAUGGGCCAUUAAUGUGGUGAAUGGCUGUGGUGGGCAUGGUUUUGUUCAUUUGGGGGAAAAGAGCCUGGGAGGGACAAAUGGGAUUUUGAUCUUGUGAUGGUGCCCUUAAUCUUCAUAAUUUUGCCUCCCCUCCGUAUUAACAUGCCCUUAGAAUUCAUUUUCAAGAACUCAUAAAUAUUAUCUCUUCAUAGCUGUUUCCUGACAAUCACAUUGAAAAAACAAUUUGUUCCUGGAAAGUAUUGUAUUUAUGCUCAUGUAAACAUUUCUUUUGCACAUUUAUGCUAAUGUAAAUAUUUAAGUCUCUGAGCUUCAAAACUUUAUUUGCCUAUUUGCAUAUGUGUUUUUCAACAUUCAACAACACCUACCACAUUUGCCAAAUGAGCAGAGGCCAUAAAUUCAUGUUUUGGCACAUUUCAUAUAAUCACUCUUCUCAAUUGCUCAAUGGUGAAACAUCAUGAGAUUAGCAUUUGUUUUAUGAGAGCGAUUUGUUGUUUUUAACUAUAUAAUGUUGUGCUAUUUAAAUAAAACAGGUGCUGUGUUAUAGCUGAUUGUGUUGCAACCUGCCAAAUCAUUUAAAAAAAAAUUCAUUGAUUGUGUAAAUCAGUAGGGACUCCGCUGUGGCCUCUGGUGCAGAUUUAGGAUCAUAAAAUCAAUGACUGCUUCAAAGCCUUCAAAUCAACAGACACAUUUAUUAAGUGCCUGAUAUGUGCUGAGGGGGAUGCAGAGAUGAAUAAGGCACUAUCUGUGCCGGAAGGGAGCAGAAGUGUUAAGAUGUACGCAAAUCUAAUGAGAAAGAGAACAAUUGCCUACCAAAGUUACAAAGUGCUGGCAUGUAUCUCUUCCAGCUUGUGUGGAGGAGAUCAGGAAACCCUUGGAAGAGGAGGAAGGAGCUGGGGUGGGGUGGAAGAAGUGCUGUAUCUUACGCAGAGGAAGGCUCCCACUGGGAAUGCAGGUUGCUGCCAACGCUAGCUCUGGUGUGCUGGGCACCUUCCAUCGUGGAUUUGUGUAGAACGCCAAGAAAAGUUGAAGCAUUUCAGUGCUAGAAAAAUGGAUUCUGGUCCCCAGCCCCUAUGAUGUGACUCUUCAGGCCACUUACUGUUUCCCAAGUGGACAUCUGCACUGGUGCGAGCUAGUCACUGAAAGCAAUUAAAAGAACACAUUGUUUUCCUGAUAAAGCAACAUAAAGAGUAAGACAAAAAAAAGAAAGGAAAUUCACCUUGGCGAAAUCCAAAGCACCUUGAAGUUAUAACAAACCCUUCCAUCAUCUGCUGCUAAAGCCACGCUGGGCCCUGGGCUGUAUCAAGUGCUUCUCACGUAAAUGAUUGACAACUACUUCAGAGAGCUGCUAUGAUACACAGGGAGAGUGAAAACUAGCGGAUGAAGACCUUGCCAUGCACUGAAAGUGGAGCAGCAAGCACGAAGCUCCGUGAAAAAUGUCUGCUUGUAACACCUUCACUGAGCACGUCUGGAAACCCGGCGAGUGCAAGAACUGCUUCAAGCCCAAGAGCCUGCACCAGUUGCCCCCCACCCCGGAGGCAGCCCCCCUUCCCAGUAGCAUAAAGACCAACGCAAACCACAGCAACAACCACCGAGUCCGGGGCACAGGCAACUUCCGGCCCCCUGUGGCCAAGAAGCCCACCAUCGCCGUGAAGCCCACCAUGAUGGUGUCGGGGGGGCAGAGCCUGAGUGCCGAGGCCAGCACCCCUGAGCACUGCGAGAGCAAGCCGGUGAUCCUCAGCUGGUCCCGGAACAGGGUUUCCCUGAAUAAAAAACCACUCAACAACAACAACAACAACGAGGAAGAGAUUGAAGAGUUCGGUCACGUGCCCAGGCCUUUUGGUCCCAGUGACAGCGUGAGUCAGGUAGCAAAUAACAACAAUGGACUGACCGAAGUGCUGAAGGAGAUCGUGGGCUUGGAUCCCACUCCUCCACGAACAGGCAGUGAGAGUAACUCGAGGGAAACGUUCCUGGGGAGGAUCAGCAGCUGCUACAAGCGGUCCCUGGAGAGGCAGCUCCCUCCCAGCUGCAUGAUGGGGGGCGGGAAGGACCCUCAGAGCAAGCACGUCAUUUUGAGCGGCAGCACAGAAGUGAUCAGCAGUGAAGGCGGUCGGUUUUGUUACCCAGAGUUCUCGAGUGAAGACGAGAGCGAGGACGACGCGUUUUUCCGCAGCACACACGAAGAGCAUGAGAGCUGGGACGAAAGUGACGAGGAGCUGUUGGCCAUGGAGAUUCGCAUGAGGGGCCAGCCCCGCUUUGCGAACUUCAGGGCCAACACCCUCUCCCCCGUCCGAUUCUUUGUGGGCAAAAAGUGGAACACCGUCCCCCUGAGAAACAAGUCUCUCCAGAGGAUCUGUGCGGUGGAUUAUGACGACAGCUAUGAUGAAAUCCUGCAUGACUACGGGGAGGACCCCGUGAUCCCUUAUGGGCAGGAAGGCCCGCAGAGCAUGGGCUCCUCCGGCUCCACGUCCCCCGAGUCAUCCUUAACAGAAGAGUCUCGCUCCGGGACAGCCAGCAGCUCAUCUCACAAGCUCUGCAAUGGAGGGAUGUCUCCCGGGAGCCCCAAGGAUGGUAAGGAGAUGGAACCAAGGGAAGCAGAGUGUGAAAAUGCUGAUCAUCAGCAGGUGAAGGACACGACUGGUGCUCCAAAAAGCCCAACCCAAGUUUUAGAAACCCACAAGGCUGUGCUUGCACUCCGAUUAGAAGAGAAAGAUGGCAAGAUUGAGCUUCAAGCUGAGAAGCAAGAAAGCAAAACCCCUACAGAUGUGGCUGGGCAAGCAGUGACUAUAAACCUAGUACCUCUCGAAGAGCGAGCAAAGCCGUACCGAGUUGUGAAUCUGGAACAGCCGGUGUGCAAGCCCUAUACGGUUGUCGAUGUGUCGGCAGCCAUGGCCAGUGAGCACAUGGACGGUCAGACCGAGAGCCCCAAAACCAGAAGCACGUCGUCCACUCCAAAUUCCCCACUUAUGUCUCCCACCUCCACGGCAGCACAGGGAAAUGCUCAUUUCAAAAAACCCAGCACCAUCCGAUACCAGGAAGUCUGGACAUCCAGUACGAGCCCACGCCAAAAGAUACCCAAAGUAGAGCUGGUCACUGACGGGACGGGACCGACCGUCCCUCCGAGGAAGAACUCCCACAAGUCAGCCCCCACGUCCCCCACAGCUACAAGUAUUUCUUCCAAAACGAUCCCAGUGAAGUCGCCCAAUCUGUCUGAAAUCAAGUUCAAUAGUUACAACAAUGCUGGCAUGCCUCCCUUCCCCAUCAUCAUUCAUGACGAGCCAACGUACGCUCGUAGCUCCAAGAACGCUAUCAAAGUUCCCAUUGUGAUCAAUCCCAACGCGUACGACAAUUUAGCCAUCUACAAAAGUUUUCUGGGAACCAGCGGAGAGCUGUCAGUGAAAGACAAAACCACGAGUGUCAUCAGCCACACUUACGAAGAAAUUGAAACUGAAUACAAAGUGGCCGAGAGUCCCACCAGCAAGCCUGCCGACACCUCUCUAGGCAAGGGCCGCUCGAGCAGCACGGAGCACAGGAAGGGCUCGGUGGCCCAAAAGGUCCAGGAGUUUAACAGCUGCCUCGGCAGAGCCCAGGCCUCCCCCCAGAGAAGGCAGGGCUCUGUCCAGGGCUCCCCGGCACGAGCCCAGAGAACCGUGCAGGAGUCCGUGGCCAAGACCGAAGCCGCUCCAGAGUCGCGGCCUCCGGGCAGCGGCGGCAACCGGGAAAAGGCAAGCACCGUGCUCUCCCAGAUUGUUGCCUCGAUUCAGCCUCCGCAGUCCCCCCCAGGGACCCCCCCCUCUAGCCCGGAAGCCCGUAACAUAGAGGAGCUGUACGCCCUGCCCCCAGCAGACGACACCUCCACGAGUCCUCCCAUGAGGCCAAAAUCUCUCUUUGCCGCUGCGCCGCCCAGCCACGAGAAGGAAGCUGCCCUGGCCUCAGAGAGCCCCGGCGCCCCCGUGCCCAAGGAGCCGCCCUCCAAGCCCACCACCUGCCAUUCUUCCCAAUACACGACUGGCACUCCUACCCCAAGCCCUCAGGCCGAACCAGGAGCUCCCUUCCCCCCGCCACGCUCCACUUCCUCCCCGUACCAUGCGAGUAACCUUUUGCAAAGACAUUUCAGCCACUGGAGCAAGCCCACCAGCCCCACCAGGUCAACCGAGGCCGAGGCCGUCCUGUCCGAGGGCAGGAGGGCAGCCGAUGCCAAGCCCAAGCGCUGGAUAUCGUUUAAGAGCUUCUUCCGCCGCAAGAAGACGGAGGAGGAGGACGACAAAGAGAAGGAGAGGGAGAAGGGGAAGCUGGUGGGCCUCGAUGGCACAGUCAUCCACAUGCUGCCUCCACCUCCCGUGCAGCGCCAUCACUGGUUCACAGAGUCGAGGACCGACCCCAGUGAGAAGCCGUCAAUCGUGUUCAUGUACAGGUGUGACUCUGCGCAGGGUGAGCUGAACACCGACCCGGACAAGCCGGGGGUGGAGCGCGUUGUGAUUUCGGAUAAAAGCGAAAUGGAAGAGAAGGUCCUGCGGGAUGCAGAAAAGAAAAAAAGGAGCCAUUCUUCUCCAACUCAUGUUCCCAAGAAAAUUCUCAGACUCAAGAAGGCCCUGAGAGAAUUUCCUCUAAUGGGGAAUUGUGUGAGUGAGUACAGUCGUCACGUGCCCCAUGAAGGGACGGGAGAGGGCCCUCCUCGAGUUCCCAGAACGGCUCCCGUGAAGGAGGGCAGCAGCAAUGCAGCGGGCACACCAGCCCUGCCCCCCCACACCCCAGAGAGGGAAGAAGGGAAGGAAGAGGCCUCGGACCCUUCCGACGAAAGCCCCUGUAGUGCCACGUACAGUAACCUGGGGCAAUCCAGAGCCACCAUGAUCCCCCCCAAGCACCCUCGCCAGCCAAAGGGGGCCGUGGACGACGCCAUUGCUUUUGGGGGAGCCCCAGAGCAAGAGGUGGCCCGUCCCUCCCAGGCCACGCCGCCCCCCCUGCCAAAGAAAACCAUCCUAAGGGCCAACACGGAACCUCUUCCCAAAGACCUGCACAAGUCCCUGGAGAAUAGCCUGUGCCUCCUGGCCAACCCCACCUACGACAUGGAGGCCCACUGGGACGCCAGCAGCGGCGGCUCCUCCCUCAGCUACGAGCUCAGGGGCCUGGAGAAUGAGUCCUGCGACUCGCUGGACAGGGCGCUGCCCAAGGACAGGCGCGCCAGCACCACGGCCCGCAGCGCCUCCAGCCUGACCGCCCUGGGCGCCAGGGAGCGCUUCUGCACCAGCACCGAGUCCCUGACCGGCCGGCGGGGGCCUCAGAGCAAGCUGGGCCGGAGCGCCCCCAAGCCCCAGAGGACGGUGCUCUACCGCGGCAUCGAGAACCGGGAGGAGGUGGUGGGGAAGAUCCGGAGCCUGCACAGCGACGCCCUGAGGAAGCUGGCUCUCAAGUGCGAAGACCUCUUCAUGGCCGGGCAGAAGGACCAGCUCCGCUUUGGGGUGGACAGCUGGUCCGACUUCCGGCUGACCAGCGACAGGCCCUGCUGCGAAGCCGGCGACGCCGUCUACUACCCGGCCUCCUACGCCAAAGACCCGCUCACCAGCUACGCCGUCAAGAUUUGCAAAAGCAAAGCUAAAGAGUCCCAACAGUAUUACCACAGUCUGGCCGUCCGGCAGAGCCUGGCCAUUCAUUUUAACAUCCAGCAGGACUGCGGCCAUUUCCUAGCCGAAGUUCCCGUCCGCCUUCUUCCCUGGGAAGACCCUGAUGCCCCUGAGAAGGAAGACGAUGAAAUGGAAGCGGAGGAGGAAGAGGGGGCUGAGCCUCGGGACAGAGCCCCGUCCGCGGGCGCGGAGUCGGCCCCGAGGGGCGGCCCCAGCAAGCAGCGCAGCCAUGUGGUGGUCAUCACCCGCGAGGUUCCCUACCUCACCGUGGCAGACUUCGUGCGGGAGUCUCUGGCCCAGCACGGGAAGAGCCCCGACACGUAUGAGCGGCAGGUGUGCCUGCUCCUCCUGCAGCUGUGCUCCGGCCUCGAGCACCUCAAGCCCUACCACGUCACGCACUGCGACCUGCGGCUGGAGAACCUGCUCCUCCUCCACUGCCGGGCCGGCGGGAGCGCCCAGAGGGGCGAGCCCGGCGCAGCUGCCGCCUCCCCGACCAGACUGAUCGUGAGCAACUUCUCCCAGGCCAAGCAGAAGAGCCAUCUGGUGGACCCCGAGGUCUUUCGGGACCAGUCCCGCCUGGCACCCGAGAUCAUCACCGCCACGCAGUACAAGAAGUGCGAUGAGUUCCAGACCGGCAUCCUGAUCUACGAGAUGCUGCACCUCCCCAACCCCUUUGACGAGAACCCGGAGCUGAAGGAGAAGGAGUACACCCGCGCCGACCUCCCCCGCAUCCCCUGCCGCUCGCCCUACUCGUGGGGGCUGCAACAGCUCGCCAGCUGCCUCCUGAACCCCAACCCUUCGGAGCGCAUCCUCAUCUCUGACGCCAAGGGCAUCCUGCAGUGCCUGCUCUGGGGGCCCCGGGAGGACCUCUUCCAGACGCUCCACAGCCUGGCCAGCCCUAGCCAGAGAAACGCCGUCCUCCAGAACUGGCUGGACAUUAAGCGGACCCUGCUCAUGAUCAAGUUCGCUGAGAAGUCUUUGGACAGAGAGUGUGGGGUUAGCCUGGAAGACUGGCUCUGCGCUCAGUACCUGGCCUUUGCCACCACGGACUCGCUGGGCUGCAUCGUCAGCAUCCUCCAACACCGUUAAGCCCCAGACCACACUCCCCCAGCAGAGAGGCCGCCAGCUGAGCCCGAAGACGUGUGUGGAAGGAGAGAGUCGGCGGCCCUGAGGUGCCGGCCGGGCAGAGGAGGGAGGGGAGCUGCCCGACGGGAGCCUCGGACCUUCUCCCUGCCCUCUGCCGUCGGCCUCCUCUCCAUCGGAGCCUCCUCCUUAGGCAGCCGGCCCCGUACUCAGUAUUACUAGGUUCCAAAUCAUGCCCGAAGUGGCUCAGAAGGACGGCGCUGGGAGCGGCGCGGACCCACUGACACCGAACGGUGCCAAGCGACGGCCUUCCUUCUGAGCCCCGUGCUCUCUCCGAUGGAUAGAUGUGCAAUUCCUGUAUGUAUUUUUUAAGCUGUAUAUUACAGUGUUUACGUUGCAACCUGACCUGAAGCGAGACCUCCAGAGCCCCCCUUCCUCUCCUGGCACAUAAAUGAGCUUCAGAUAGGAGUGCUUUUUACAUGUGUGGAUGUUUGUAUGUUUAUUUCGUUCAAAACUGUGAGUAAUCCGUUUACUUCAGCCUUGAAAACAAAAUAGCCACUUUGACCAUGUGUAUGUGCUGGGACCAUCAAUGACCUGGGGGCUCCUGAGUCUGGGGAAGCCUCCCCUCCUCUGCCUCCCCAGGCCCUGGGGCUGAGCCCAUGGGUCGGGGGACCAGAUCGACUGUGCAGGAUUACACAGCACAUUAGUGGCCUUGGAAACACUUCUGAACUUUGGUGAUUUUUUUAAGCCUUUCAUUUGAUUCACUGGUGUCUAUGAGUGAUCAGGAAAGGAGAAGGAGAAUGUAUUUUAUUGCAAUGUUAUUUUUUUUUAAAGGAAACAAGAGAUGUUAAAGGGAGUUGGUUAGUGAUGUGCUUCCUUCCAGUAUGUGACGGUCAUCUCCCCUGGAAAGCCCCUGGGGAGGCGGGGCAGGGGUCUCGGUUUGGCUGUCCUGUGCCAGCUGCCCGGGUCAGAAUGACCCCUCCGCCCAGUCGGCCCCCGAGUUUAGAGCUGUAAGUGAGUGGGCUCCCCAGAGGCUGCCCCAGCCCUCCUGCUCCACCCGCUAGCUUCAGCUGCUUUAGUUAGAGCCCCAUGGUCUCUGGCCCUUCACAUCGCUGACAUAUCCAGUCAAGGUGUCGCUUCUUUUGGCAACUUGCACACGGCACAUUUUGUAGCUUUAUAUUCGUGCACCUCCUCCCUGACCCUUCUUUACCCCUCAGCUUUCUUGUUCUGUGUGUGCGUGCAAUGACUUGGAUCUCAUCACCAGAACGCUGGCCACACCAGGGGUGGAUCCCGGGGCCCCAGCCGAGAGCCUCAGCCAGGGUGUUGUGGGGGGGGGGGUAGGACUCCCCGGAGGGGUCUCUGAUCUUCACAGCGCGCUGUCGACGGAGCCCGCCUGUCUCCCCCAGUGAUGUCAGGAAUCCUCAGCACCUCCUCGGGGCAUGGUCCCUGUUGUUUGCUGGUUGGUUUGGGGGCGAGCCGAGCUUGCUGUUCUUUCAUGGGAUGAAUGCAGACAGGCCAGACGGGGCCUGAGACUUCCCAGAGGUGAAGGAUGAAGACGUUUCCUCUGGGCAGUGCCUUGGAAAGGGAAGAAAGAACAUCUCAGGAUCUUCAAAGAAUGGAUUCCAAAAUAAAGCGUUCACUCAUCUUCCUGAUUGUGGCAAAUGUUUUAAAUGUGCUGGAGUUGCAGGAAGCAUCCUCCUCCACCUCGGGCGGCCGCAGACAGACCCAGGGGUUGGGUGGUGAGCACCAAAGCCCUUUCAGUUUUCUGAAGUAAUGACUACAGUUUGCAGUCGACAGUAUUGAUUGGAAAUAGAGAUUUUUUUUUUUUAUUUUCCAUUGGAAUACUUUAACUUUUUACUCAAGACACUUCCAUCUAUAUCAAGAGAAUUGAAAAAUCAAGCAGCCUUUUGGACACCAUUUAAAGCAAGCACUUUGGUAAAGCCGGAGAGAGAAGGCCGAGCCUCCGGCCCGUGGGGUCAGCAGAAGCGUAGUAGGGCUGGAGCUGCCUGGACCAGGGACGGGAUGUGCGACAUAGUGAGUGCCUUGUUGUUAGAAUUAGAAUCUACUCUAGAAAGAGGAUGACUCAAAAGUCUACCCUAGUCCUGAGAAGCCUUAAGAUUUGGUGGGAGGGAGCAGCCUUUCAGAUAGGUGCUAACCUGGAUUCUCGAAGUGAAGAGCGUCUCUGGCAGGAAAGGGAGAAAGGGAAAUCUGUGGAAGCCGCCCGGGAGCUGAGGCCAUCAGGCGUCGGCUUAGGAUUCAGAGCUGGGUUCUCUGGCAGGGUCUCGGGCUCUGGCUUCAGAAGCUGAAGCUGGGAGGUCUGGAGGGACCCCAACACCCCACCCCCCGCCAAGGUAUCCAAGUGAUAGACCCAGGGAGGGGUCAUGACAGAGAAGGCAAGUGGAGAGGGGAAGCAUCAAACACAUUAUUUAGAGUUUGGGGAAACACAUUUUACUUCAGAAGGGAUGAGGUGGAUCCACCUUUGCUUCCACGCUCCAAAUGAGCGGGCAGCCUUGGUAUUGUAAGCCCAGAGAUUUUAGAAGAGGUCUCUCUUGGAUUUUAGCAGAAAUCUUGUCGGAAAAUCCCUGGCUCCAAAGAACUCCCAAAGGCCUCUGGGUCAGAUGGUGAGAAGGGCAGCCACAGGCUUCCCAGAGCGAGCCAUAAGUCAUCUGAUGCUGGCUGGGAAGUCUUCUGCGAACCCCUAAAACCAACCUCGAGAAGGCUUCCUCCUUCCCAGGCCUCCUCCUCAGAGCUGACAUUCUGCUCAAAGUGUCUCUAAACGAGUUAGCAGGAGCUAAAGAGCAAAGCAAAUGAUCUGCAAAAUAUGGAUCCGACCACAAGAAGCGCGAUGGCACUGACAUGUUGGCAUUUCGAAGGAUCCCAAGAGGCCGCUGGAGCCGCGCAGGUUUGAAACGUUCCUUCCACCCUCUUCACUCUUCUUGCUCUGUACCUUACUCAAAGAGGAACCGAGGCUGACAGAGCUGAGUAAUUUUCCCAGGCUCCCCCAUCUAGCAGAAUGACGGCAUAGGGCAAGGGAAUGAGGAAGGUGGGCCACGUCAGAAUUUGAACCCGGAGCCUCCUGAGGGCCCAGCCCCCCCCCCCCCCCCCCAACAGAAAUCUGGCUCAGCUUAGGAGUCACUUAUUGUUUUACUUUCUUCCUGUCUGGGCUGUUCAUUUUACCUCAUCCGAGUUAAUUCUCCAAGUCCCCACAUGAUCGGCAGCCUAGAACUCCAAUCGCUGCUCUUAACUGUGCACUGAAAUCCAGCUGGCCGCCCUCAUCAGCCCCCAGGGAAUUGGGCGGGCCCAGGACCCCAGGGGGUUGCGGGGGGGAGGCCGGCGUUGCAGAGGCCUUAGGGAGGGAAGGUACCAAAGACACGAAGCCCAGUUUACCCCGAUGCUUACGGCAAAGCUUUUGCCAAAGCUGAUGCCGGGGAGAGGAGUUGACAGGCAUUCCACCUCUACCCUUAAAAAAAAUAAAAAAUAAAAAAAAAAUAACUUUUUUAAUUUAUUUUUUUAAUAGCAAAGUCAUGUAUUAGGAAAGGAGAAAACCACCCCCCCAAAAGCCCACCCUAGAUUGAAUGUAAGGUUCCCAGGAACCUGACCACCCCUUCCCCCCCUAAAAAAAACCCUCCCUCCCUUGCGUCUCCUGGAAGGGACGGUCAGGAGCUGUUCCAUGGGGCUAAGCUUGUGAAGAAACAGCCCGUCUCUUUGACACUGUAUUUGAAGGAUUUUUUUUCUUUUUAAUGGUGGUUUCAGUAGGUAGUGUUCUAAAGAAUUCUUGGGAGAUUUCUUAAUGGAUUGUGAAUGUUUUUAUAAACCUUCCUGCAGAGGUGUUUACCACUCAACAUUACCAUCAUGUAAUAGUUACUAAGUGCCCAGAAGGAGAAAGGGGCUCGCCAGCUGUCUCACCCUUUUGCCCGGGCCUGUUCAAAAUGAACUCAAUUUGCUGCUACAGCACUGGGGAAGCGUGUUCCAUAUGAGCUGCCUCCAAUACUCGCCUCCUUCCCCCGUCUGGGCACUGCCCCGCGAGGACAGCCCGCGUGCUGUGGGCCAGCCUCUUAACACCCAUCCCACCCUCUGUAUUUUUUUAAUCCAAGGUGGUUUCAGGGAUUCAGAGGAUGUUGGAAAUUUUUUACAUAGAAGAAAUAUAUAGACAUAUAUAUAAAUAUAUAUAUUACUAUGAACUUUAUUGUAUUUCAGAAAAUCCACUUUGCCCUUCUUGUGUGUGUGUAUAUGUGUGAGAGAGGAGGAGGAGGAGGAAGGGGAGGAGAGAGGAUGGUUGGAGUGCGUGAGGACCCGCACACAGCAAAUAUGCUUGAAUGUUGCCCUACCCAAAGGUCUCAGGGUAGCCUCUUUGAAAGAACAACUCACGCCACUUGUUCAAGCCCGAGUAGGCACCCCUCACCCCGCCAGUCUCACAGGUUCUGUCUGAGAUCCCUGGGUUAGGAUUCUCUGUUGUUGCCACACAGGACAUCGGGGCGCUGAGGUCACCCGCCAGAAGAGACUCUGGCUCUCUCUGGCUUUUGUCCUUGGAAUUGUCUUUCCAGUGGGUCUUCCGAGCCUGCCCCUUGCUCUGUGGAAGCUUUCUGUUUGGAAAGCUUGUUGUCUCAGUCGCUUUAUCUGAAGCUUCAUCUCUCUGGUCCCCCAUUUUAUAGAUGUAUAAAUAUAUAAACCUCCCCCUGUCAUUGGGGGGCACUUCUAUGCUCUGGUUUGCUGUGGUACUUUGCUGUGGACGCUGUGGCAUUCAUGUUACUGUGUAAAUAAACUCGUUUUAUUACACUGAAA